UUCCGGCCGGAUGUUAGCCGUUGGUGCUAGCUUGACUCGGCUCGGAGUCUUCCUGGUUCUCGUCUUCUCUCCUGCUGGUUUCUAAACAAACAAAGAGUUCAGCUGAAGCUCAGGAACUUCUCCUCGUGCUCAGACACAUUUUAAAAGUCUCACUUUGAUCCAAACGGAGUUUAAAGUCAGAAAUCUGAAGCGACGACACUUUUAACCGAAACAAACAAACAGCAGCUGUUUCAUCCAACAUGAGACCGGAAGUCGUGUUUUUAUCUGUUUUCAUGGUUUUAACAGAAGCUGCUGUUUCUGCUCCAUCAGAGAGUGAAGAGGAGCCUCUCGCGGCGUCUCUCAGGUCCAUGCUGGAUGACUUCGACGUGCUGCCCCUCUCCAGCCUGCAGACGCACUCCGUCCGCCGCCGCGACGUCCAAACUCAGACUCACGUGGAGAAGCUGCUCAGCUUCGACGCCCUGCAGAGGCACUUCAGACUUUACCUGAGGACCAACGACCAGCUGUUCACCCGCGACUUCAGAGCCGUGGUUGUGGACGAGGACGGCGAGGAGCGGAGCGUCUCAGUCAACAGACACAACUACUUCACGGGACACGUCAUCGGAGAGGAAAACUCUCGAGUUCAGGCUCACAUCGACGACCACGAGUUCUCCGCUCACAUCCUGACCGACCACGGCGAGUACAACAUCGAGCCUCUCUGGAGGUUCACGUCGGCGCCCCCUGAUGGUCGCCUCCUCAUCUACCGCUCAGACGACAUCAGAAACCUCAGCCGACUUCACCAGCCGUCAGUCUGCGGCUACGUGACCUCUGACCCUGACCUCCACCUCUCUGACGGCGUUCAGGAUGAAGGGUCGGCGCUGAGAGCGAAGCGUCACACCCACGACCACCUGAAGAACACGUGUCCUCUGCUGCUGGUCGCCGACCAUCGCUUCUUCAAACACAUGGGCCGAGAGGAGGAGAGCACCACCCUCAACUACCUGAUCGAGCUGAUCGACCGCGUGGACGACAUCUACAGGAACACGUCGUGGGACGAGGAGUUCUCUGGUUACGGCGUUCAGAUCCAGCAGAUCAUCAUCGAGAAAAGUCCGACGGCGGUGACUGCAGGAAGAAAACAUUUCAACAUGAGAGGAAGUCCGGUAGAGGGACGCGACGUGUGGGACGUCAAGAAGCUGCUGGAGCAGUUCAGCGUGGACAUCGCAGAGAAAGCCUCCAACGUCUGCCUCGCUCACCUCUUCACCUAUCAGGACUUCGACGAGGGGACUCUGGGUCUCGCCUACGUCGCCCCGUCCAAACCGGAUGUCCCGGGAGGUCUCUGUUCUAAAGCCUGUCCGUCAUCCACAAACGAACAGCGAGCGAUCUACCUGAACACGGGCCUGACCAGCACCAAGAACUACGGGAAGACCAUUCUCACUAAGGAAGCCGACCUGGUGACCACGCACGAGCUGGGUCAUAACUUCGGAGCGGAACACGACCCCGACAACAUCCCGUACUGCGCCCCACGGGAGGACCAGGGCGGGAAAUACGUCAUGUACCCCAUCGCUGUGAGCGGAGACCACGUCAACAACAAAUUGUUCUCAGACUGCAGCAAACGCUCCAUCGUGAAGCGUCUGAGGUUCAAGUCUCCGACCUGCUUCAAGCAGAGGAACAUCAACGUGUGCGGGAACUCCCGGGUGGAGCAGGGCGAGGAGUGUGACCCAGGGCUGCUGCACAUCAACUCAGACCACUGCUGCACCACCGACUGCAGGCUGAGAGCCGGAGCUCAGUGCAGCGACAGGAACAGUGCGUGCUGUAAGAACUGUAUGUUUGAGUCUGAAGGUGAAGUCUGCCAGGAGCCCAUCGACGCCACCUGUAAAGGACACUCGUACUGCACAGGAAACAGCAGCGAGUGUCCUCCUCCAGAGAACGCUGCAGAUCAAACCGUGUGUCUGGACAGCGGGGAGUGUCUGAACGGAGAGUGCGUCCCGUUCUGUCAGGCCGUCUUAAAGCUGCCGCCCUGCGCCUGCAACGAAACCAACUCGUCGUGUAAAGUCUGCUGUCGGAGCAGCAGCGGCGCCUGCACCCCCUACCAGGACCAAAUGGGUAACUUCCUGUUCCUGCGUAAAGGCAAACCGUGCACGGUGGGCUUUUGUGACGGAGCGGGGAAGUGCAUGAAGCAGGUGCAGGACGUAAUCGAGCGUCUCUGGGACUUCAUCGAUAAACUCGACAUCAACACGUUUGGGAAGUUUCUGGCUGACAACAUCGUGGGUUCAGUGGUGGCGUUCUCUCUGCUCUUCUGGAUCCCCUUCAGCAUCCUGGUCCACUGUGUGGACCAGAAGCUGGAUCAUCAAUACGACCAGAACACCAAGUCUCUGUUGUUCCCCAGCAAUGCCGAGCUCCUGAGCAGCCUGGAGUCUGCGUCUGUUCGGAUCUUCAAACCUCCAACCUUCCCAAGCUCCGCCUCCUCCGCCGGGCUUCGUUUCCAGCCAUGUGACCCCCAGCAGACCAGCACCCCUCCAGGCUCCGCCCCCUUCCCAGGCCACCCCCCUCUGGACCCCCGCAUGGCCACCAUCCAGGAGGACCCCAGCUUGGACUCUCACCUGGACCAGGAGGCUCUGGAGGAGGCGUUUGGGAGGCCGGCGAGGGCGCCACAGCGCUCCUUUGAGGAUCUGACGGAGAAAGGCGUGGCGAGCUGCAGCGAGAAGGCGUUGAUGUUCAGACUGAAGAGACAACAUCAGAUCGACAGCAAGGAGACGCAGUGCUGAGACACCUGAGUGAACGUGCAGGCAGCCACCAGGCGGGGGCGCCGUUAGGUGUUUCAUGUUCCUCCACUAAGGCGCCGUGUUUCUAUAAAACUCAAGGGUGGCGCCACGUUUAACGCCAAACGAGAGAAACAAAAGAACAAGAGAUCAAGACUCCGCCUCCUCGAGUCGCCAACAGGAAGCCAGAACAAACCGCCAGUCUUUGUCUGACCACGCAGAGGGGCGUUAUACGUCUCUUUGUUUUAAUGAUUAAAAAUGGCCGCCAUGCUGCUCUGGUGACGUGCGUUAGAAAAGUUCAGUCAUUUUUAGUUCCAGGUUAAAACACUUCAGGGGGACGCAAUCACUGCCGCUCCACAGGAAGUCAGGAGGAAACAGGAAGUCAGGGCUCUGCAGGAACCUCAGAAACUGUGGGUGCGUUAGGAAAGUUAAUGAUAAGAGCCGUUAAGGAAAGGUGGGUCAAUGCUUCCUUUAUAACCUCCUUUAGGAUACACUGGACCAUCCUUUAGGAAAGGAGAUGAGAUAUGACCUCCCACAAUUCCUUGCGCCGCAACAUUUAAAGCGACUCGCUCAUCUGACCGUUCAGGAACAUUAACACAGAUGAUGUUUCAUUCAGUUCAGAAUGUUUGGUGCAUUUCUUCAGUUGUACAUUCUUAUCUUUCAUAAAUGUAAUAAUUAAUUUCAUCUUUAUGUUGAUGUUGAUUUCUG